AGGUGUCACUUUUAGCACCUCUGCUGAGGCCAGGUCCGCCAUUAAGCAGCACCCAAGGGCCUCCAGAGUCAACAGACACGUGCAGCUGCAAACACAUGGCAUGUUUGUCCAUUUGCUGAACAUGUUAAACUGGGCACUGGAGGUGUGAAAGUCUCAGCAUGGCGGUCUUGCAUGCUACUGAUCUGUGAAGACAAAUUAACUUGCAGAUAGCUUUAUUGGACAACUGGCUGUCUGAGAGGUUGGGAGUACUGAUGAGAAGCAGCUGUUUGACUGUGGGAAUGUGCUACAUAAUAAUACUAAUGUGAUACUUUAAUUUUGGGAGAUUCCCUUGUUGAAGAAUGGUUUAAUGGAAGAAUUUAACUAAGGGCUAAUCCAGUCGAAGGUUUUAUAAAUGUGAAGGCCAUUAAGCUGUUCAUCAGAUCAGAAAUUCUAGAUAAAAUCAUGUCAGAAAAAUAAGUGACAUAAAGCCUAUAGCUGCCAGCAUCACUGCAAGUUAUGUAAUACAAUCAGUAAUGUUAUUGUUACAACUUAAAUUACUGCUAACAAACACAAGACCAGGUAAAGUCUUAAUAAGAUUAUAUUAAGCAAAAGACGGACUAUAUACAAAAGGUCAAUUCACAGAAAGUUUGGUGAGGUAAAGUUCUCAGUUGCUUGUACAGUAUUUGCAGAGUGGGAGUGGUGUUUUAAGACUUUUCAAGGAUGUAGGAAGGGUAUACUGACAGUACAGCUAGUACCUGAUGGGAGGGGUGGUUUUUAUGUAUGCUACAAGGAUUUACUGUUCAUUUAAUCUUGAGUGUAACUCAAAUUGAGUAUGUAACUUGAGUUGAGUUUUGUCAGCUUUUUUUUCUGUGGUCAGGAAUACAUGAGAGCAAAAAGAAUAUCAAAGCUCAGCUGUUUAUAUUGCAGAAAGUUUUUUUAUUUUAAUCCCACCACCUCAUAGAGCAAUGGUGCGACUGAUUCAAAAUCAGAUGCAGUUGUCACAGUGCACCACUAGGUGUCGCUCCAUGUUCACUUUGGCAGAAGAUCUGGCCUAGACGAAAUAUUUUCAUACCAGGUUUUGUCUGAUAAACCUCCACCUGAUAAGACCACUAGAUAUCAUAUGGGACAAAACCAAGUGACCAAGAUUUCAACUGUUACAUGAGUCUAAAGGGGUUGGAAUGUAUAUUAAAAAAAAAACUUCAAUUUGUCCAACAUUCAAAUGCUCAUUGAUAUUCAGAGAACUCAAUUUUUUUGACACAAAAGUUCACAACCUGAUGGUAGGACCCCUUUUGAGACUAACAUCAGAGCGAAUUCUCAUUCUGUGUUUUUCCUCAUUUGUUCCCAACUACACAUACAUUAUGUAAAUGAUUCCUCAUUUUACUGAGUUUCACAGCCUGAUGGUGUUUCUCUGUACACAGCCCUCAUAGAAAAACAGAUAACUGAUCAAUUUUUAAGAACGUUUUGGAUUAUAUUGGCUGAUCACCCAUUUAGUAUAUGAACAAUAUUAAAGUAACAAAUGGGACUACAAGCUAUAAAGUAAAUAAUGUGGAAUAAAAGUACAAUAUUUGGCUCAUAAAUGUAAUGAAGUAUAUUGUAUAGUAUAAAAUGGUUGUAGUCCAACUCCAAUAAAAGUACUUGAAUAAUACUGUUGUUACACUGUAUCUGGUGACCCAUCAGAUUCUGUGACCUGCAGUGUUGGAGGAGAGAUCUUUAACUUUAACUAUACUUUAAGUACAUUUUGCUGGGAAUACUUCUAUAUUUUAAGUAGAAUUUUUAAUGCAGGAUUCGUACUUGUAAUUCAUUAUUUUUAUAUUGUAGCCAAGUAUUGAUACUAAAAUUAAAGAUCUGAGUAGUUCUGCCAACGCUGCAGGUCACAGAAUCUGAUGGGUCACCAGAUACAGUAAUGUGUGUGUGUGUGUGUGUGUGUAAUAGAUCAAUGACUUCAAUUAAAUAAAGAAAAUGAUAGGCUCUUCCUGGCAUUAAUGACAGUUUGGCCUCCUUCUGUCAUAUCUGCCCGGUGAUAAAAUAUUAAAAGCAGUGGAGUCAUGAUUAUAAAUAUCUCUGUGUUACACCCCUCUGCCUGGCAAGUGACACAUAAGUUGUUUACAAACAUACUUUUGGGAGGGAAGACGUCAAGGGUGCGCAGCUUCAACCGGGAAAAGCUUUAUUGGUCACUGACAGCACCCCCCCCACACACACACACAUACACACGAACAUGCACGCACACACACCCACCCUCCUCUCCCCUCCCUGCUUCGAUCGUCCCCGCCCCCCACAGCAGGGCUGGUUUAAAGGCGGCAGUCCUCGGGCUGGAGGGAUGAGUUGAAGACCUGCAGCAGUGUAGCACUCAGGAGGACAGAGUGGGACUUUACACUGAGGGACAUAUCCAUUUAUAAAACAGACUUUUCAGGACAGGAACUUCUGGAUAAUCUCUAAUCCCAUUACUGGAAUCAUGAAGUCUCCAAAACUGGCGCCUCAAGCGAAAUUCACCAAUGAGGAAGACCUGGACGAUGUGCUGUGUGAGUUUGACGCAGUGAUCGAGGACUUCACGUCCCCGGUGGAGAAGCGACACUUCAGAUACGAUGAGCACCUGCAGACCAUGAAGAGGAGGAGCUGCGCCAGCGUCAGCGACAGUGGCAUCAGCGACACAGAGAGUGCAGAGUCUCUCAACAGAAAUAGCUUCAGCUUCAGCGAUGAGAGGCUGAACUCCCCCACCACCACCACACCUCCUCUUAUGUCACCAAAACCCAAACUUGGCGACACCAAAGAACUGGAGGACUUCAUCGCCGACCUUGACAAGACAUUAGAAAGCAUGUGACACGGAGGAUCACAGUCGUCUUGGAGCGCAGCCAUGACAGAGGGAGGGAGUGGAUGUCUGGACCCCCCUUGAGCAGCUAACACGCACCUGCUUCCACACUGAAAACCCCCCCCCAACAGGAUACAGCUGGAUGGCACAGCAACUGCCAAGUGGCUCCAGCUCGGCAUCAGGUCUAGCCAGCGUUCUGCUAAAGUUAACCCGGCAGUGCUCAACUAACUCCAGACCGCCUGGCUACUGGGUUGUAAGGAGUGAAGGAAGGAUCAAAAUUAGAAUAGUAGGGAAAACAAGGACAUUCAUGAGGUAAUAGACUCCAAGACAUUGAAUAUAUGCCACAAAGUUACUGGAACAUUUAAUGUCAGAGCCAGAAAUCACCCCCACCCCACACACCACAUCAUACUCCCUCAUCCAAAAACCUGAGCUGAAAGAGUAUUUAAAAAAUGGCUUUUUAUAAUAGAAAUAUAUUUGUAAUUUUAUAGAGCUUCUUAUUGUAAAUUUAUUGGUCGUUUUUGUGAAAUAUAUUUUUGUAUCUCAUGUAAAUAAUAAUUGUUUCAAAUUUUAUUUGCCUUGAUAUUAACCGGACAGUCAGAUUAAAGUUUGACACUCGUUGACUGAUGUAAAGUUGGUUACGAGGUUAAUACGAAUGUGAACUUAAUCCACUCUGGGGAAAAACUGGAAAGCAAUAUGUGUAUUUAAUACAGCUAAUGCCUGCCAGAGAUAAUAUUAAAGUGAAUUGUUGUUCUUUUA